GUCUAGGGUUUCUCCCUAACCUUCGCUUCUGCUCAGCCUCUUGUAUCAUCUGAGAGGAGCUUCCAGUAGCAAAAGAAAUGGCGGACUCAUUGGUACUCCGCGGCACGAUGAGGGCCCACACCGAUUGGGUCACCGCAAUCGCCACCCCAAUCGACAACUCCGACAUGAUCGUCACCUCUUCUCGUGACAAAUCAAUCAUCGUUUGGCGCCUCACUAAGGAAGACAAAACCUAUGGUGUCGCACAGCGCCGUCUCACCGGCCACUCUCACUUUGUUCAAGACGUCGUUCUCUCCUCCGACGGUCAGUUUGCUCUCUCAGGUUCAUGGGACGGAGAACUCCGUCUCUGGGAUCUCAACGCCGGAACCACCGCACGCCGCUUCGUUGGCCACACCAAAGACGUCCUUUCCGUCGCAUUCUCGAUCGACAACCGUCAGAUCGUCUCUGCAUCCCGUGACAAGUCGAUCAAACUGUGGAACACACUCGGAGAAUGCAAAUACACAAUCCAAGACGGCGACGCUCACAGUGAUUGGGUAAGUUGUGUUCGUUUCAGCCCCAACACUUUGCAGCCAACAAUUGUCUCAGCCUCAUGGGACAAAACUGUGAAGAUCUGGAAUUUGACUAACUGUAAGCUCAGAUCAACUUUGGCCGGACACGGUGGCUAUGUGAACACCGUUGCAGUGUCGCCGGAUGGUUCUCUGUGCGCUAGUGGUGGAAAAGAUGGGAUGAUUUUGCUUUGGGAUUUGGCUGAGGGCAAGAGACUUUACUCUCUAGAUGCCAGUUCGAUCAUUCAUGCUCUUUGCUUCAGCCCUAAUAGGUACUGGCUGUGCGCUGCUACAGAGUCAAGCAUUAAGAUUUGGGAUUUGGAGAGCAAGACCAUUGUUGUAGACCUUAAGGUUGAUCUCAAACAGGAGUCUGAAAUGGCAGCUGAAGGCACCACUACUCAAACCAAUGCAGGAAAAACUAAGGUUAUUUACUGCACAAGCCUAAGUUGGAGUGCAGAUGGAAGCACACUAUUCAGUGGAUAUACAGAUGGAGUAGUAAGAGUUUGGGGAAUUGGACGUUAUUAAAAUGGAGUUUAAUUUAAUUUGCAUGUUUUAAGGAUAUUAUGUGAUGUUGCUAUAAUAGGUACCCUUGAAAGUUAUGAUUUAUGUUUCGACUUUAUGUUUUGAUUGGCUUAUGGAAGUUUCAGUUUUGGAGACA